AUGCUCAACUUCGCCGUCCUCGCCCUCAUAGCCACAGCCGCGACCGCUUCUCCCGUUGGAGAAGCCCGCAACCCACUCUCGAAGCGCGAGAUCAACCCCAAUACAGUCAAUAUCCUGACCGCCGAGCAACUGACGACGCAGCGCAACCUGCUCCUCCAGGCGCAGUCGGAAUCCGCGCGCGAAGCCAUCCUAUUCCCCAACCCUCCCAACGCCGCAAACGACACGUUCCAAUUCAUCAACAACACGGUGACUCCUCCCACAGGCGGCUCCAUCUUCCUGUCGACCGUGAACAACUUUCCAGCGCUGGGCUCGACGGGACUCGCCGCCGCCGUCGGCUUCGUGAACCCCUGCGCGCUCAACACGCCGCACUGGCACCCGCGCGCCAACGAGUUCCUGACCGUCGUCCAGGGCACACUGGUUGGCGCCAUCUUGCUCGAGGACGACCGCGGCUUCGGCAAUGUCGUUGGCGGCGAGCCCCCCGUCAUUGGGCCCUACAAGCAGAUCGAGACGACGCUGGCAAACUACACGGGCAUGCUGUUCCCCAAGGGCCUUGUCCACUGGCAGUUCAAUCCAGAGUGCGAGCCUGCGGUUUUCGUCGCGGGCUUCGACGUCGCUGACCCGGGGCGUGUCGAGGCUGCGCGGGGCUUCUUCUCGGGUACUCCUGAUGAGGUGCUUGAGGCUAGCACGGGAUACUCGGAGUUUUUGACGGCAGACCAGAUCAAGGGGUUGAGGCCUACGCUUACAAGUGACUUUACUAGCAUCGUCGAGAGCUGUGCUAAGAGGUGCGGUAUCCCGUUUGAGGCUGAGCCAAAGCCUUCUGCUUCUGCUUCCGCUUCGCCUUCGACUUCUCAGGUCUAUCCUGCCGCUUCGAGCGGUUACUAA